CUCUUCUUGCAAAUAUCGAAGCCAUAAAUUCCAUAUUAAUGAGCUAGGAGAAAAUAUGAACUAAUAAAUAGGUUGGUAAAAAAGACAAUCUGUUUCUAAGUAGUGGUUGGCAUCUCGUUUGCCGAGUUCAGUGUAUUUGAAAAUGUCAUCUCUUUGCUUGCAGCCUCUGCCUCCAAGUUUUCUUUGGAGUAGGAAAUGGUUGUCUUCUGGUAAUUGCUGACAACCCAGCUUUGCCUUGGAAAGAAAGAGAAAGAGCAAAGAGAUUUCAAUGGUGUUUCUGCAACCUUAACUUGAUAGUUCUAAUGGCGAAAAUAGUUCUGCAUGCAUUUCAUCUUCUUCUGCUAAUACUUUUUCUUACUACCCAUCAUUCAGACCAGCUGCAACCCUCUCAAAUUUUUUCCCUUUUACAAAUCCGGCAGCUUCUUAACUACCCACCAGCUUUAACUGUCUUCAAGGACUCCACAGACUUCUGCAGCAUUGAACCAACCCCAUCCUUCACUCUAGCAUGCUAUGAAGACAACAUAACACAGUUGCACAUGUUUGGAAACAAUGGAGAUCUUCCAUUGCCUCCAAAUUUCUCCACCGACACUUUUUUUGAAGCUCUUGGUAGUCUAUCAAGCUUGAAAGUUCUCUCUUUGGUUUCUCUGGGUCUAUGGGGGCCACUGCCUAGAAGUAUUGAAAGUAUAUCUUCUCUGGAAAUACUAAAUAUAAGCAGAAAUUACUUCAAUGGAGAUAUCCCAAUACAGCUUUCAUCUUUAAGGAACCUCCAAACUGUCAUACUUGACAACAAUGAGUUCACAGGCAAAGUUCCUGAAUGGCUAAUUUCACUCCCAGUUUUAGCAGUACUUAGUGUGAAGAACAAUUCACUUGGUGGGUUUCUGCCUAAUUCUUUGACAGUUCUGCAGAAUCUAAGAGUUCUUGCUCUUUCAAAUAAUAACUUUUCAGGAGAAGUGCCUGAUCUUAGCAACUUGACAAACCUUCAAGUUCUUGAUUUGGAAGAUAAUUAUUUUGGGCCUCAUUUCCCUGCUUUGCCUACCAAGUUGGUUUCUCUUGUGCUCAGAAAGAACAAGUUUGGCUUUGGCAUACCUGCUGAAUUAGGCCACUGCUAUCAGCUUCAAAAGCUGGAUAUUUCUUUGAAUGAAUUUGUUGGACCAUUUUUGCCAUCCUUACUUUCACUGCCUUCAAUUAACUACAUCGACAUAUCGAAAAACAAGUUCACAGGGAUGCUGUCCCAAAACAUGUCUUGUAAUGCUGAGCUUGUUCUUGUCAACUUAUCCUCUAAUCUUUUGACAGGAGAGUUGCCAAGUUGUCUGCACUUGGAUUCCAAAAGUAGCGUUGUAGUGUCUGAUAAAAAUUGUUUGUCAAAUGAAGCUCAAGAACAGAAUCCUUCUAACUUUUGCCACCAUGAAGCUCUGGCAGUGAAAAUUCCACCUCAGCAGCAAAAUCAUACUAGACCUGCUGCUAAAACAGUUCUUGCUUCAAGUACUGCAGGAGCGAUUGUAGGAGGUAUGGCAAUUGCUGGAGUGGUUUUCUUGGUCAUUAGGAGGGCAAAUAGGAAGGCUUCUGUAAAAACUAGUCCAACAAGGGCAAUAACUGAGCGUGUGUCUCCAGUAAAUACAGCAAAACUCCUUUCAGAUGCAAGGUAUAUAUCUGAAACAAUGAAGCUGGGAGCUAGCCUUCCUGCUUAUCGAACCUAUGCUUUGGAGGAGCUUAAGGAGGCUACAAAAAACUUUGAAGCAUCAUCUCUCAUAGGUGAAUCUUCAAUUGGUCAGAUAUAUAAAGGGAAGCUCUCUGAUGGAAGUCUCAUGGCCAUAAGAAGCUUAAAAAUGAGAAAGAGGCACAGCCUCCAGACUUAUAUGCACCGCAUUGAGCUGAUUUCAAGACUCAGGCACUGCCAUUUGGUUAGUGCUCUUGGACACUGCUUUGAGUGCUACCAGGAUGACUCAAGCGUCUGCAGAAUAUUUCUUAUCUUCGAGUUUGUCCCAAAUGGCACGCUAAGAGACUACAUCUCUGGACUUACAGGACAUAAAUUUACUUGGAUCCAGAGAAUAGCAGCUGCAAUUGGAGUUGUGAAGGGUAUUCAAUUUCUGCACACAGGGAUUGUUCCUGGACUAUAUUCAAAUAACCUGAAGAUAACAGACAUUUCAUUUGAUCAUAAUCUUCAUGUUAAAAUCAGAACUUAUAAUCUGGCUCUAUUAGCCGAAAAUAAGGGAACGGUGGGUGGAGGUUCAUCUCCUGGAUCAAAAGGAAGUAAGUCAGAAGGGGUAAAACAUGAGGAUAAGAAUGAUGUCUAUGACAUAGGAGUAAUCUUACUAGAGAUCAUUUUGGGAAGGUCAAUCAUGUUCCAUAAUGAAGUCGGUGUCUUAAAAGAUCUUGUACAAGUAAGCAUUACCACUGAUGAUAUCGCUCGAAGGAGCAUCGUUGAUCCGGCAGUUCACAAGGAGUGCUCAGUUGAAUCAUUGAAGACAGUGAUGGAGAUAUGUGUCAGGUGCUUGUCCAGCAAACCAGCUGAUAGGCCUUCUGUUGGAGAUGUUCUUUGGAAUCUGCAGUUUGCUGCACAAAUUCAGGAUUCAUUCAUAGGAGACGCCCAAAACAAUGAAGACUGACAUCUGACAGACAUCCUCCUGAGAAAUGUUACUUUCAAGCUCCUAUGCUUGCAUGUUUAGUGUGCAGUGUAUGUAGUGAUAUGCGAGUCCAGUGCAACACAAAGCAUAUAAGCAUCUAUAUGGCACUUUCAAAAUGCUUCUUGUCUAUGAGCAUUUAUAUAUGCCCAAGUGCAUGUUUCUAACUUUU